UUCCAAAUCAUUCGGACCCUUUCAAGUCCAUCAACCCGACCCAUUUCAUACUCGUUCCCUCCUCUGGCGAAGAACAAGACACGCGUGACUGAUCUUUACGCUCUAAUUUCGUUUUCCUUCUCCUCCUUAUUUUGCAUUGAUUGAUUCCUCUCCUAACCGAGAAAGAAGAUGAGUGGGAUAGAACCAGACAUGGAAGAUCUGUUCCAGGAGAAGAAGCGUGUCAGGAAUCCUCUCGUUCCUCUCGGUGCACUUGCGACUGCGGGAGUGCUGACGGCUGGGCUGAUUAGUUUCAGAAGAGGAAAUUCUCAGUUGGGUCAGGUUUUGAUGAGAGCUAGAGUGGUCGUCCAAGGUGCCACUGUCGCGUUGAUGGUUGGAACCGCUUACUACUACGGUGACAAUCCCUGGAAGAAAUGAGCUGCUGCUACUUGUGAGAUGAUGACACUCCGGGAAGAAGAGGUAUGUGCUUCUCUUUUUGAGCGUCAGAGAAGUCUUCCUUCUUGUUAGGAUUUACAACUUGCAAGGGUUACACAUCAAAUGAGUUUGAAUAAUUCUGAACUAAGAAAGCUGUUUUGUUUCUUGAUCAAUUUGAUUAUAUUGAUUCUGAGGGAAUUUUCAGAAACCCAUCUUUACUCUUAUUAUCUAUCCAAAUCUAUAUGCUUGAGUUUCGACUU